GGAUUUCUGACAGCUAGAUAAAAUGUCGGCGUUCGAGUAAAUGUCAUCUGUGCUGUUUGUUUUCGAAAAUUGUUGAAUUAUAGCAAAACAACAGGUUACUUAAACUAAAACCAUGUCGACAUUGCAAAAGACUAUUAUGAAAAAUAAACUGCCACCAAGAUGUCCUAAAACGUCUGGUGUAUCCAAGUUGGCGCCUUUCGGUGCUGGGCGCCGUAAAGACUAUACACCAGUAUCUUGGAAGCAGUAUUUUGAAAGGUUCGUUGAUGUGGAAACCGAUGGAGGAACUUUCCGGGUGUACCUGUCGCCGGAGCCCGAUCACCCUCAAAGACCUAGAUUUGUAACUCUUCAUGGAGGGGGAUACUCGGGACUCAGCUGGGCAUUGUUUACUGAGGAAAUCACAAACAUGGUGCACUGCCAAGUUGUGUCAAUAGACCUAAGGGGCCACGGUGAAACAAAAGCAAACGACUCUGAUGAUCUCAGCGCUGAAACAUUGGUUAAAGACGUUGAACAAGUGCUACACAAGUUGUACGGUGAUAGCUUACCACCUAUAAUACUGGUAGGACAUUCAAUGGGAGGAGCUAUAGCAGUUAGGACUGCUCUCCUACCAACACUAGAACCAUUUGUGCAGGGAAUAGCAGUGAUUGAUGUUGUCGAGGGGAUUCCACCAAACUGUACUGGAGCAGCCUGGUGGAGCAUGCUCCACUCCUCUGGUUAUGAGGAGAGACAGUUGCCCGAGAGCACCGCCAUGGACGCACUGGCCAGCAUGCAGAGCUUCCUGCGAGGCAGGCCGACUCAUUUUAAAAGCAUCGAACACGCUAUCGAGUGGUGCGUGAGGAGUGGUCAGGUACGCAACGUGGACUCCGCCAAAGUGUCGAUGCCGGGACAGAUCGUGAACUGCGAUACGGGUCUCCUGGCUACGAACGAGGUGGAAUCCUAUCAGCCGGUCGAGGAUCUGGGCGAGGCGGGUUCGCGACACGACGCUCCACACCACGACAGCAUCCUGGAGGAAGAGGGAGCCGAAGGGGAGGGGAUGCAGCAUCACUUCGCGAAGCCGGCUGUUACUGGAGACCGCGGCAUGAAGUACCGGUGGCGCAUCGCGCUGGCGGGCACGGAGCGGCACUGGGCGGGCUGGUUCCGCGGCCUCUCCGCCGCCUUCCUCGCCGCGCGCGCGCCCCGCCUGCUGCUGCUCGCCUCCGUGGACGGACUCGACCGGGAGCUCACCGUGGGACAGAUGCAGGGUAAAUUUCAAAUGCAAGUGCUAACUCGCUGCGGGCACGCCGUGCACGAGGACACGCCGGGCGAGGUCGCCCGGGUGAUAGCCGCCUUCGUGCUGAGGCACCACAUCACCACGGCGACCGAUAAUGGGGAGCUCAUGAACAUAGCGUCGGGCCCGCCCGGUUGCUGAACGCGCCACACGUAGACAUAUUGUAUAAGGCAUUUUGUAAUCCAACACCGAGAACAUACUGUCUAGAUUAGAUUUAAUAAUGUUUAAGCUAAUAAAUUUAAAAGUUCCGCAACUAUGAGUGACGUCAUUUGUGGCCAUAACGUUCGACGUGGUAACCAUAGUUUGAUACAUUAAUAUAAAUUAUAUCUAGAAUAGAAUUUGAUUUAGAGAUGUCAAUCAUUUAUAUGCAAUAAGAUAGUGAUCUAAUAUUAGUUUAACUAAGGCCUUUUAAUCAAUUUCAAUUUUUAAUCAAUUUAUAAUGAUUAAUCAACUGGUUUGAAAUAUUAAAACGUUACCAUUUAAAUUCGUGAUAAAAUUAUCGAUGUCGGGGUGGGGAUGUGAAAUCGAUUAAUCGUUAAUUUAUUUUAUGGAUCAAAAUUAUCGUUAUUCGAUCGAUACCAUCUUAUAAAUCGAUCUCUGACAGUGGUAAAACUAGCCCAUUCUACUCGCAGUGCCGUCGAGCGCGGACGUGUAUUUGUUCGACCGACAAUCGCUCGCGGUUUUGUUUCGUUAAAUACGUUGCUUUGCUCGAUUGUUUUGCUGAAAACUCAACUGCCGUUCUCACGGAAAACGACCGCUACGAUUAACCAGAUAUAGCGCUAUGUAUCGUAGCGAUUUCACACACCCUUUCCGGCUAAGGCUAGUCAUUUUCAAGACUAAACCCAUGCUUUUCUUCCGCCCGUUUUAACAAAUACAUACCAAGUAGGUCCCAUCCCGUUCUCCCGCAGCUGUUGAUUUCACGACAGAGACACUUCUUCUCACUCAACCACUCGCCAGUGCCCCUGAACCCCCCACUCUCUCACAUCGAGACGUCAGUGUACCGUAUCGAACUGACUGGACACCAGCCGACCGUCAUCGCAUCCGUAUUCCUUUCUUUUAUGAUUGAAAGAUUACUGGUGGCCCGAAGGCCUUUCCAGUUUUCACCAGGACAAGUGGGCGAGCAAAGGCUCAGCCAGGAGGGGUGGGAUUUACUUAAAGCUGCCCGAGUGCCUCCGAAGGAGACCUAACAACUCAAGAGCUGCUUCGCGAAUGAAUCUACUACUGGAUCGGAAUCGCGACCCGCUGAGAAGAUCCGGUGAGAAACUCAGCGGGCUGAUGCAUGGGUUAGGUUGCACGUCGACCUCUUUGUCGAUCAACGAGUACGGUUACCGAGCUCCCCAAGCCUGCUCCUAGUGCUAGAGCUGAAGGCGUCUAAUGCAAAGGUUAUUAAGGAUCUGAUGGAUCCGUAAGGACAUGAUCCGGCAAGGCACAGCGCCGCAUCGGAAUUGCUGUCGUGGUAGCUGGUUGGAGCAGCGUGCUUCGUAAGGAAUGUCGACCUUCAUGAAGACCUGUAAUUAGAUUCCUACAGUACCUAAGUAUAUUGAACGGUCGGUUCGUUCUUUGUCAUCAAUUUCGUGUAUGUCUUUUAAGAAGACGUUAAGAAGACGUUCGUCGUCGUUCCAUUUCUAGUCUUUUGUUUUUUUCUUUUCGAAUCACCUAUCAAGUCUGUCUUAGUCUAUGUCCAGUCAUUAUGUAUCGUAUGUUCUGUCAAAUAGGUUGCACGCCACGACAUCCACACCUCCAGUACCAGAAGUCUGGUACUCAAGAUGAGGAGUUUAUGUCCAACCUGUGCAGUUUCGUCGCCGGUCUUGUGUAGAGUCCAUGUCUGGUUCGGACUUAGCAACGCGAACCAGGUCGUCCUUACCAGGGAAGACUUGGUCGAUCUGGCCAAGCGGCUACUGGUUGCGAGGUAGCUGACAGUCAACAACAAAUACGACGUCAUCAAUCGCCAGUGGUUUCUCAGAAUCUCUGUACCAUUUGUAAAGUACUCCUUGACCCAGCGUUUCCAAGUUAUGUCUGCAAGUCCAUGAGAUUCUCUCCAAGUCCUUUUCAAUAAGUCAUGGUCUGUAAACGUUCCGAAACGAUGGUCAAUAAAGUCUGUCUGUCUUUGGUAGUAAAAAAUCGUUCGACAAAAACAAGAAGUACGUAUGUCAAUGGUCUUGAAUUCAUCAUGCAUUCCACCUUAGUGAACCUUAAUGACCAGACAUUAGUGACACUCCUGGCCUUAGCCAGGAGUUAGGGGUUCUGGUCUUGAGCGUUACACGCAAGCUUGUUUUGACGGAUCUUACGAGCAAUGGCUCUGAGUGGGUAUGAGGUGUGUCAGGGGCUAUGAAUCGCCACUCCAGCUGUCAGAUGCAACCGAAAGUGACAAGUUCGUCUUUGUUGAUAGUCUGUACAACUUGCUUCAGUUCACGGUCAGCCCCGCGAAAGGUAAUUGUGUUGUCACUGACUUUCGAUGGCUAUAGCUUUUCCUCCAGAAGCUGCAAGUAUUGUUCAGCAACCUCCAACUUCAGUUGUCAGUCUUUGCCAUCGUUGCAUUGUAGGCGGUGGACCGGUCAGAGGGUGUUGAACUGUCGGUCUCCCCCCGGUUUGGUCAGCAACGGCGGUCGUACCCUUUGUCGAAGACGUCGCCAUGUCGGUGUCUGUUCCCAGUCUCGUCUUCACCAUAGAACUAGUCCUUAAGCUCAAAGGAUCACUUGAACGGUCGGUUCGUUCUUUGUCGUCUAUUUCCUGUAUGUCUUUAAGAAGGCAUUGAAAAGAAUGUCUCGUUUGUCACGUUCGUGCUUGUUCCAUUUCUUUUGUUUUGUCUCUUCGAAUCACCUGUCAAGUCUCUGUCUUAGUCUAUGUCCAGUUAUUGUGGGUCGUAUGUCCUGUUAAAGACGUUGCACGCCACGACAUAUAUGAAGAUAGCAUCCGAGAGCCAUAUCUCCACCAUAUCGAUAUCGUUAUCUUAUCGUGCUCGCCAGUAACUACAUACCCGAUCCUGCGGACGAAACGGUAAACAGUCAAGUCACUUGUGAUCCUCCCGAUUCAUUAUCGGUAUUUUUAGGCACUAAAAACACUGGUCACUGUUCUGGUUUGAAUCCUUCGAAUGCGACGGGUUCGUCGAGACAAUUAACUCACAACAAUAAACAUGGUAUAUCCACCAUCUUGUCUUCUGCAUUGAUAUUAAGCUUUAAAUGCGAUCAUAGAAAAAAAAACUGCGCUACAAUUUUAUAUUGGCUUUAAUAAUACUUUGCCCGUUGAGUUUCCCGACGGAUUUUGUCAGUGGGUCGCAUAUCCGAUGCGGUAGUAGAUUCAGCAAAGCACUAUCCUUUCUAGGGCCAGUGGUGGCAAAUCGGCAGGCUGAGCCCCGUCAGUUUGCCUAUACCUAGGUGAACCUAGAAUGAUCCCUAGAUUGGAUUUAUCUAUUUUUAUAAUUCAACUAUAAAUAGUUCACAAUUCUUUUAAGUUAAUUCAAUUACAAUUGACGGGCAAUUGAUAUUUUUUAUUAAUAUUGAUUGAUUAUUAAUAAUAGUUAUUAAUUAAUAAUUGAUGAUUGAUCGAUAAUAGAACGCAGAGAAAUAAAUAUUAAAAAUAAUUUUUGAAUCAAAUCAAUAACGAGCAAAUUUUCAUCUUAUUUCAUAACAAAAAGAUCUCAUUUAUGUAUGAAAACAAUCACAAUGAUCAGUAUGUUAAUGUAUGAACUAUGGUUAGUUCGUCACUAUUUUGGCCCCAAAUGACGUCAGAUGUAAUGAAGAUGCGUGCGGGACGAAUUUGUAAAGUUUGCGCGGCGAUUUCGAAAAUUAACCGUCUGAGCUAGAUUAAUGGCGCAGAAUCAAAUAGAUAUCGAGGUAAGCGCGUGCAUAAUUUGUAUCGCUCAUGAGUGCUAACGGCUAGCGGUAGCACAAGUUCCUUUUAAAUAAUGUAUAAUCGAUUUGAAUCGACGAAUCUUCAUUAUAUGUAACAGGCAAUGGAACAUAAAAACAAAUCAUUAGGGGUGGGUAGUUCUAAUAUCAUUACCUACAACAUCCGGGCUAUCAAUGACUUUUGAGUACGGACAGGAAAAAAAAAAUCGACUACAGAUCUACAUAAAAAUAGCAAGUUUUAGAUUAAUGUUUAAGACUAACCGCUUUCGAUUAAUUAAUCGACUUAAUUUAUCGAUUUUAUAUUUGUAUCGAUGAUCUCGAAAAUGAAUCUUAUGAUGCUAACAGUAAGUGUAGAUUUCAAUUUAUUUUUUAAUAUAGGUACAAUGUUAUUUGUCUUAUGUUGAAAUACUAAAUUCAUAACGUGUUUCUCCUAAAACGAACAAAAGCGUCAAGAUUACAAUUAUGCCUGUACAUGUUAUGUUAUGUUAAAUUUUGAUCUUUAACUAUGUAAAAGUGUAUAGUUUAAGAUAAAUAAAAACAACACUAGAUUAUCGCUUGGGAAACUAUUAAAAUAUAACAUUGAAAGUAUCAAGAUUUUUUUCAUAUUAAUGGAAAGCAUAUUGAAAUAUCGAAGCAAGAACUGUAACUUUACCUUAUUAUUUAAAAUGGUUUCUGAUAAUACAACUUAACAAAGUAGAGACUUGGAGGAGCAUGGUUCCUUUUUUCUCAUCACGAUACGAUAAUGUCUGUAACACGCGAUUGAAAAUUUUUGGAUUUCACAUAGCGCGCAUUGUAACGCAAUUCUAAAUCGAUUGUCGCCUCCGGUCAUUGACCUCGUAUGCCUUCGCUGUGUAUGUAAUAUAAACUUGUUAAAACCCAGUACAUUUUUAUGCUUAGGUCAGUAUUAGUUUUUGUUUACGGACUCGCAGACGUCUUCCGGAGCACAUGUAGACCUUGAGACGUGAGGUCGGAAUACCAAAUGAGGCCCAAAUUGACGACAACAAAUAAAUUAAAUUUAAAGAAUAAACUUAAUCUGCUCUGGGCAAUAAACAAACUCCACUUUGACUUUUUUAUAAUUUCUAAAAUGGCUGACGAAAAUCAGAUAAGCAAGUUAAGUACAAUUAUUAUGUAUAUUUAUACAUAUAAAAAUAUAUAGUGAAUAGGAAAUAUCGGCGAUUGGAUGGGUUAUGCAAUAAACGCAUUUGAAUUCGCUUUAACAUUGUCUGCGAUUUUAAUAAGUUUUUUUUAUGAAAUUUCUAGGUCCAACUUUGUCCCUGUGUUUUCUUUUUUUUUUUUCCAUUCACAUCUGUCGGUUGAUGUCUUACGUAAAAAAACAGAAAUUAGGAUUCAUAAACUAAUCCCAAUUUCUGUUUUUUAGUUUAGAAGGUUUGCAAUAAUAAAUUGUAAUGAGUGUUGUGAUUGAACUACGCGGACUAUUUAAGCAUAUUCUCAAAUUCACGUUCAUUGUAUUAUUUAUUGACGGUUCGAAUAUUUUAAGGAUUUCGUGUUCACGAACGACCACUAAGGUAUUAUUCGUGACCAUUUGAGAAUAUAUUAGCUAAGUUUUAUAUGAAUUGAAUAAUUGCGUAGCCUUAAAAAGUAACGAAAUUAAAAUUAUAAAUUAGAUAACUUAAUUAUUAAGUUUGAUGCGUCAUUUCGCUUCCGAUCCUAUGGUUGGUUUGGUAUAUAUUGUUUUCUUUUUAAAUAUACUUAAAUUUUAAGUUCACGUGCGAUUUUGUUCUCGGUCUGCUGCGCUAAUGGAGUUUUCAAUAAUUUAUUCAAACGAACCCUGAAGAAUUUUUUGAAAGUUAAACUUAAUUAUAAUAAAUUAUUAAUAUAUUUUCUCCGUCCCAGUCACAACUUUUUGUUUGAGCUGUCCAAGAGUGUCUCUUUUUUUUUAUUUUUUUCCUACCUGUGCUGAUAGCCUUGAGAGGCAAUUUCAGCUUCAGCCUAACGUGUAGGUGAGCUCACGGGGCUCAAAUCGGGAGUAUUGCGAACACUGGCCCUAGCAAGAGCAGUGUUUUGCAGAAUCUACCACCGGAUCGGAGACGCGACCCACUGAGAAGAUCCGGCGAGAAACUCAGUGGGCUGUGUCUUUGGGUUAAUUCGCUCGUAGAGUCCUUCGUCGCAAGCGACGGAUUCGACGAGGAGAGUGUCUCUCAAAGGCCAUCUUUGUCUAUGAACUAAUCGCAUCUCUAUAUUUAAAACUAGCAAUUUGAUUUGUUGGUUCUGUAGAUGUCAUUUUUUUUUAAAUAUGGAGGGUAGAAGCUAGAUACGCCAUCUUGUAUAGGGGACAAUUUGAAAAGCUUUCCACCUUGUAAACAGCUAGUUAUUGUUGGAAGACUCACCGACACAGCGUUAGUGUAGGAAGUGGAUAGGAAUAUAGCAGUUUUAAACAGAGAAGUGUGUUGGGUUGAAGUGAAGUGUGGUAGUUUAUGACACUGUUUCUUUUUUAUCUUUCCACUUGCUACAGUGGCGCCACCUUAAUUGUCUCCCUUUCAGCGAACACUUUUUAGUACACUGAGAUAGUGCUACUUACUUCUAAACUCCAUAUUUAAAAAAAAAACUUUUAGUUUUGUAUUAUACAUUGAAUGUCGAUUCUGAUUUUUGGUUUUUUAAUAAACUAAUAAAAUUUGAUUUUCUUAAAAGCGCUCUUAAAGUCGGCCGUAAAAAGAAAACACACUUUUGGACGUGUCAUGAUUCUCUUUUAUUAUGAAGCUCCAUGUAUUAAAUAUUGAUGAAUAAAAAUAUGUAUUGUCUGUACAUAAAUAA